AUGUGCGUACAUGACGAAGCACGUACAGGCCGUUGCGGCGCAGAGGCUGCGCUACGGCCGGAUGGAGAUGGGCCAGGAAAAUUCCGCAAUCCAAAAUCGCCCAAUGAGCCUCGGACCCCAGCAUCGACCAAGUCUGGCGGGCUCAAAAUCGAACCGAACGCCUGGGUUGCUGCAAAUCAUGUGUCUGGAAAACGCUGCAUGGAGCCUGUUCGCAAGAAACGGGGCGGGAGUGUCCGAUCGUACCUGGGGCCAAUGGAGAAAUCAGAUCUCUUUUCCGAGCCUACGAGAAACUGGGGAUUGACAAUUGGUGCACAGUCAAGUCUCUCAAGCUCAGAACCCCCUUUGCUCAGCCUUGAAGCGCGCGGUCGGGACUGGCGAAGUCGACGGCGCCAUCAGGCGCAACGUCGCUUGGCCCACUUCUAG